UCUUGUCAACCCAAGAAGUGGUGGAUGUAGGUAGAAUCCUCUAUUACAAUGGAAGAUCGGCGGAGAAAGCACGGCGGAGGGUCGUCGAAGAGGGAAUCUAAGCAUUUUCUGAAGGUCAUACUACCCUCUGCUAUUCAUGCUGACCAAAUGAGAAUUCCUGAGGAAUUUAUAAAGAGAUUUGGAGAUGAACUAUCAACUGUUGCUACAAUUAGUGUUCCUGAUGGUCGUGUUUGGAAAAUGAUGUUGAAGAAAUAUGGUAAAGAUGUUUUCUUUGGCAGCACAUGGCGAGAGUUUGUAAACUACUAUUCUAUAGGGUAUGGUUCCCACCUAAUUUUCAGAUAUGUAGGGAACUCAAAAUUUCGUGUUCUUAUAUUUGAUAUUACUGCUGCUGAGAUUUGUUAUCCUCUCCAAACUCGGGGCACUAAUAAACCAAAUUGGAAGAGGUCCAAGUUUGAGAAUGAGCAGCACCACGGCCAUGAAACAAAAAAGAAAAAGCGUAUAGUGGGGAAUGGGGUAGAAACUAAGGAUGAAGAUGAUGUGAAUUUAAUACGUCCAAGUGAGACUAAAGGAAGGAAGAAAAAACGUGAUUUUUCUCAUGGGAAACAAGUCAAAAGUGGAUGCAGAGGAAAUCACUCUUCUUGGGAGAUAGGAAAGGAUGUUGCUACUGCUAGUGAUAGGCUGAUGCCAAGAAACCCUUCUGUUACUUGUACCAUCAAGUCUUCUCGAUUGUAUGUGUCAACUGAAUUUGCUUGCAAGUAUCUGAAGCCAGGUGUUGGUAUGAUGCUCCAAAAUAGUAAUGGAGAGCAGUGGGAUGUUUCUUGCUCAUGUCAUAGCCGUUCCAGAGCAUUGAUAAUAUCGAGGGGAUGGAAAAAAUUUAUGAGGGACAACGAUCUAUCAGAAGGAGAUCAAUGUCUGUUGGAGUUGAUAAAGAGGGACCCCAUUGUGCUAAAAUGUACUGUGCCUGGCGAAGCUUAAUAUUAUGAUGUUGACGUUUGAACAGCACCAAGUAGUUUAUUGAUAUGUAGCUUUUUUUCAAUAUUAAUAUCUGCUGUUAAUUGGUUGGUGAAUGCUGGGUGAGAAAUUAUGACUAGAUUAUCAUCUUGGAGAUGUUAAAUCAACAUUAUGUAUCAGAACUCUAAUCCACCAGAGUACAAACCUUAAUCAAUUAGUAUGUAUGUAUUA